AUGGCGGAGCUAUUGGAGGAAAUGGCUCGCUUGGACACCAUGAAAGUCAUUCUAGAACCAGGGAUACUUCUUUCCGAUCAAGGAACGAUUCUCAAUCUAACCUCUAUUCGCGCCAAGGCCACUUCGACCGCAUACACCCUUCCCGACAUGCUUGCGGAUCUGAAUUCCAUAUGCGAGCCCUUUCUGAGCCGCGGACCCGAGUACGCGGAGUAUGGGAAGAAGUUUCUGGAGAACGCGAACAACGCGAUCGUGGAAGCCGUGCAACGCGCGCAGAUGCUGGCCGCUGGAUACACUCUAGAACAGGUGCGGCAAAUCCAGCAGCAGCAGCAGGCUCAGCCGCAGCAGCAGCAGGCGCAGGCGCAGCCGCAAUAUCAGCAACAGCAGGAUCCGAGCAACGCGUACCAGCAGCAUCAACAACAGCAGGGCACGCAAGCGGGGCCCGCACAGAUUAGCAUGUACUCACAGCGGCAGCCGCAGCAGCCGCUGCAGCGGCGGCGGCAGCAAGGCGUUCAACCGCCAGCAGGUGCAGCCGGGACCAGCCAAGGCGAGAAUGGCUGGCUUGAGCUUGUGGGGGAGGAAGGCGUGGGGGAGAGCGGGGACGUUGCACCCCCGGCAGUGAAUGUCGCGACGAGCAAUGGAGGGCUGUCCGCCUCCAGUGCGCGCAUGGGCCAGAGCAAUCUCACAGGCGCCAGUAGCGGCUCCCGGGGGGGAAUUGGCGGCGGGGGGGCAGGAGGCGGAGUGUCAUCCGGGAAAGGCUCGAAAGGGGGGAGUUUUGGGGAGAGAAAGCCAGACGCACAGAGGGCGAGGGUGGUCGGGCGGCGGUGUGAGGUGUGCGCGGUGAUUAAGAAGGCUGGGUGUGGCACAGACGCGGCUCACUUCAGGUGCCUGAAGCGCAAGAAGCCGGAAGCUGUUCCCGAGAUUGAGAAAAACCUGGUGCGGCUGGGAGACGUGGGGGACGAGGAGAGGGUGACGGUGUGGAACCCUGCAGAGGGGAGGAAGCUGAGCGGACAGGCGGCACCUAUGAUGAAGAACCUGGCGGGAUGGCUGGCGAACCAUCCUGGCUGGGAAGCUCAUCCGAAGGGCGCUGUGGUCCCUAGUAACAAGAAGCUGAAGGAUGCUUCUUCUGAUCGAACUGGAGGCUCGCACGACUCUCUAGGGAGAAUGGGGCAGCAUGGUCAACAGCUCAAUUCGCAAAAACCUCAAAAGGUGCGGGUCACAUGGGGAGAAGGAUCAGGGGAGAAUGAGGAAGGGCAAGCGGCGGAAGGGGGAGAGGAGAGCAGGGGCGAGAGGGGGAUUCGCGCAGCGCGCGAUUUGGCUCGAGGAGAGGUGAUCGCGACCAUUCGUUUCUCGGCUGCGCUGGUGCAAGGAGAGAGCGACCCCCUUCCGUACCCUGAUGCGCCGUGGACUGUGCACCUGGCAGCCAAGCUCUUGCGGGAAUUCAGCAAGGGCAGCGGAGGCAAGGCAUGGCCGUACCUGCGGUGCUUGCCUCGGUGGGCGGGGCUGCCGUGGCUGGGACUGAGGGAGGGCGAGGAGUGGGAGAGGGAAAUUCAGCAUGAGGGCACAGUGGGGCGCAUGAGAUCCAUGCUGGAUGAGGCACGGCUGCAGUGGCAGAUGUGCCGCCAGGAGGAGAGCGAAAGGGAGAGGGAGAGGAUCGAAAAGUCUAGUGCUGGUAGUGGUGCUGCUGCUGCUGGUGUUGCUGAUGGGGCAGUAAGCGGGGAGUGGCAGUGGGAGGGCGGUAUAGCACAUGCGACGUGGCCGGAGUUUGCAUGGGCUUUGACCAUGGUGUUCACGCAUGCAUACUCGCUGCCUCGCGUGGAUGGCACCGACGCCCUCAUGCGAAUGUUCCUCCCGGUAGCUGACCUGCUCAACCACGACCCCCACAAGGCGAACGUGGACUGGUACUCACAGGGGCUGCAUGAGGACCGACUGGAGCUGGUGGCUCUGAACCCCAUAGCGCGCGGAGCGCCCCUCGUGGCAGACUAUGGGCAGUACAGCUCCGACCACUUCCUGCUCACCUACGGAUUCGUGCCGCUCGAAAACGCUGCGGACAGGGGGGACGUGUUUCAAGAUAUGACUCAGGCCGUGACCUGGUACCUCCAGAGGUACUACCAAACGCGCUCAGGCACCAUGCACUCGUUCCCUCCAACCGACGACGAGUUUCAGGAGUAUGUUCAGGUGGCUUUGGAAGGAGCUGAGGUGGAGCGCAGCAGAGUAACCCCAGAGGGUGGAAGCAGCACGCAUGGGGAUGGGAAAGCAGACGAGGAAGGGGACGGGGAUGAGGGUCCGGACGAUCCCACAGGAGCAGCAGCGCAUGACACGCCUAUGUAUGUGUACCGGGAAGCAAGGGUGGAUGCACGGCUGCUGGGGGCCUUUGCAGCGGUGCAGCGGUGGCUGGAGGGGGUGGAUUGGGAGGACAGUGAGGAGGAGUGGGUGAUGGAUGUGGAUAAUGCUCUCGUUGCUGUGGGCAGGCGGUGCCGCGAGCUCCUUGACGCCUUCCCCACGUCGCUUGUGCGGGACCGAGGUGCGCUGUGGCAGCAUCUGCGGUGCUCCCAGCAGCAGGGGAAGAGGCACGGGGAAGGGGGAGAGAGGGCGAGUGGGGAGGGGGCAGGUGUGCAAGGGAUGGAAGCGGGGUCUGGGGAAGUGGUGGGCGCAGCAUCAUGGGAAGAGUGUGCCUCGUCCCGGCUCUUGUCCCCCGUACAAGCCACGGCAGUGCGGUUUAGAAUAGUCGUGAAGGAGAUGCUUGAAGCUGUGGCCGAUUCUGCCCCUAAAGCCUUUGAGGAGAGGCAGAGAGUAAGACCUGCGCAGGCAGAGGAAGCGGAGGAGGGCACUGCCGAGGCUUGA